UCAGAAGAGGUAUCAAAAGAUUUUGAUGCCAAGCCACAAGGUAAUUUAGAAACUGUUGAUAUGAGCUUGGGUGAUUAUAAAUGUGAAUUUAGUUAUGUUAGUACUGGAGGAUCCAAUGAACAGUGGGUUAUUCAUAUUAACGAUAAUAGUGACCAUGUUGUAUGUAUUAUAGGUAGACCAAAUCCACCAAAAUCAUAUUUACUUUUCCACGAUUUUACAGCAACUUUAACCAAUACAAAAACAGGUAAACUUUCAUCACCACUCAAUGUCGAAGUUUAUGAUAACGAAGGAACCACUCUCAUGAAUGACCAAUUUAAAGUUAUCGAAAAUAAAGUAGUACCUGAUAAAAACUUUGGCAAGAAUAUAGUUUUAGUUCAAUUA